AUGAUCGUCAUAAAACUGGCACCCCUGAAGGGGUGUGGAAGACCAGGCGCGGCAAACGUGCCUUUAGGGUCCGGCGGGUCCGCCGUCCCUCUCACAAGGACCUCGUCUCGGCAGUGCAUAGCGUGCGCGUACAAAGCCAAGCUGUUACCAGAGAUCCCAGAACCGGCGCCGCCGGUCUACAAACCCCCGACGGCGCCGCCGGUAUUGACAACCGCGCCGGUGUUGACCACCCCGCCGGUGUUGGCCACGCCGCCGCCGGAAACUGUGGUCCCGUUGGAGCCGGUGUUGGAGCGACUGUCGCCGCCGAAGCCGAGAGAAAUGGCGGCCAAGCCGGAGAGCGAGCGGGAAGCGCUGGAGGAUAGAGACCCGAACAAUCUCAAUCAACAUGUGCAAAUAGUUUGGGACGACAUCAUCGGCGAGCCAGAGGGCGCUCGCAGCCCGGAGUGCGCGUGGAGGCUCAGCGCGCUCUGCUUCCAGCACGCACGGAACUGGUGCUACACCUUCCUCGCCGUCCUCAUCGCGCCUCCCUGCGCCUUGUGCCUUGGAUGCGGCUUCGCCUGCCUUGCGUUCGAGCAAAUCUGGUGCACGGCGCCCUGCCUUCGCUGCGUGAAGAUCUACUUCGCGUCUCUCCGUACCAUGGUCAUGUCUUGCAUGGCCGCCACGGUGGUGCCGGCAGCAGAAGCAGUCGGCCAUGUUUGCAGGCACAUCCGCGUCAACAUGCGACGGGACGCGCCAGAGGAGCGCGACCUCCUUGUCGUGUAGUGUAAACGCACCUCUAGUGAUGGGACGAACUCGAUUGUGUUCAAUUUUAAAGUCAGUCGAUUUUUAAAUGAUAAACGAUGAGUGAAAUAAAUGUGGAUUUAAAUACAGACUAAAGUGUGAACUUAAAACAGACAUU